AUGUUAUUCCUGCUUUUAAUUUCAGCCCCGCUUGUAGCGACUGCGAAAACGGACCUUGAAAAAUGCGGUAUAACUAUUAAAAUUUCAAAGGAGAACGGUUCCCUACCCCGUGAGGAUAUCUACACCGGUCCUGUGAAAGGCCUGCUGGGCCAGGCGCCGGACACCGAAGACCCGAUACUCCUCAUAACCCUUGAUGCCUGCGAGAAGCACUGUGGCAGCACACCACAAUUCUACACCUGGCUAGAAUCCUCCGAUACAAUCACGACCUGGGUGCUCCCUCUAGUCAGUCUGGUUCUCCAGGCGCCCUUCGAGAGCAAUAACCUUCGACAAACGAUAUUACUUGUGUUCCGGUGGCUAGGCUCACCCAUCGCUUCCAUGAUGUACAUUUUCUGGAACAUGAAGGUUUCUAGGAAGUGCGCUAUUAUGGUUGA